AUGGCGGCAGCGGCCGCUCCGCCGGGCGGGGCGAGCCCGGGGCUGGCGGCGGGGGAGCGUCUUGUGUGUGUGGACAAGAAUGUGCCUUCUCCCAAGCUCUAUGUCCUGGAGCCAUGGAUUGCUGACCUCUUGGUGAAUUACGAGCACCUGGAUGAGCGUGAGAAUUUCCUGGCUGGACAGGUGGUGCGGGUCUUGAGUGACUCAACUGCUCCUGGCCAGCCUGGGGUCCUCCAAGACGCUGUGGUUCAGGUCUCUGAUGGAUCCUGCUACAUCCGUGUGGUCAUUACACCCGAAGCUCUGCAGGCAGAGGAAAAUGCUCACCUGCAGCUCAGGCUUUCCAGCCUUAAUUGCAGAAUUAUCGUCCUGCAGAAGUACACGGUGUGUUUCCAGGAUGAGGCCAGGCUGGAGGACUGCGAGUUUUACCUCACUGCCCAGCAGUUCAUCGUGCUGCCCAUGCAGAGGCAGAGGAUGGAAUCAUCUGAUGGGAACCAGGACCCCUCUGUGCUGAUGAAGAUAAAGGAGCUCUGGCUGAGGAAUCUUGCUGUGAGGAACGCUCCCAGCUCAGAGCCCUCUGUCUCCCAGCUGAUUGAUGCCAUAGGACAGAACCAGCUGGAGAUUUUGAAGGAAAAUGCCGAGGAAUGCUUGGAUUUAGGGAAAUCAAAGGAGAAGCCAGUGACAGCGGAGGACAAGGUUCCCAUCACCCAGUGGGAGGCAGAGCGCAAGAAGGAGCAGGGUGUGGAAGUUUUCAUGGUCCCAGUCAGCGCCCUGGUGAUCCCUGCUGAGGAGGAGGGAGGUGUUUGCGAUUCUUCCGAGGCAGCAUCUGCAGGGUAUGCAGAUACAAGCCAAGCAGCUUCUAUAAAAAGUAGUGAUGACAGGACAGUGCCAGGAGACCCCAGUGUUGUAUCCCAAAGCAGCUCCUGUCUCCAUAGCAGAGGUGCUCCAGCCCUUGGAUCGUCCUCAUGGCCUCCUAUGAACGCUCCAGAUCCCAUCCAGCCUUUAGUUUCCUCUACAGUUGACACAGCCCAUCUCCUUGGAUUGAGUGGAGGAGGUACUGCAUCACCGACCUUGUCAGAUAGCUUGGAGGAAUCCCUGGACAACCCCUGGAACAGGAUGCCUUCGUUGUCUUUGACCCCAAGCCCUUCAGAUGAGAAGACCUUUCAAUCUGACCCUUCCAUAAAGAGCCAGAAAGAUGUGGCUGCUGACAGUAACACCACUGACCUGCUGGAAGUGUGUAACCAGGGAUCUCCUGAGGGAUUGCUCCAGGAAGAUCCAGUACAGACCUCCUCUCCCUCCCUGCUCUGCUCCUACAACAAUCCCAGGCUGGUGGACAUCAGCACCAGUGAGGCAGCAUCAGCUGUGGAGGCAGCCUGUGAUGCCCCGUGCACUGAUCAAGUCCCACAGGGAUCCAGGAGCUCUCAGGCCCCCCUCCCCACUCUUUCUCCAGUCUUGCCCAGCAGCAGCUUGCAAUCCUCACCCAGCAGGAUUCCUCACAGGGAGCAGGCCUGCUCCAGUGCCACAGCUUCCUCUCCAGAUGCGUUGAAGCCUGGACUUGCUCACGCCAGGACAAAGGAAGGAAAGGCUCUGGGUUCCAAGAGGAAGGUGAUGGAGGAAGAUGAGCAGGACUCCAGUGGGCAGCAGCAUCUCCCAAGCACCUCGAAGGGCAGGGGGAGAGGCACAGGCAAGAGAGUGCAGCGCGUGAGCCCACGGGGUGCAAAGAGCAGAAGGAAGACAAGGCUGCAAUGUAGAAAGGAGCUGGAGGAGGAAGAGUCAGAGGAGGAGGAGGAGAAAGUGGAGGAGGAGGAAGAGCAAGCAUCCCCUGCAAGAGCUGGGCCCAGCUCCAGGCCGGAGCAGCCAGAGCAGUGCAGAGCUCCAGAGCCGUUCAUGGAGACACCAGCCCAGUACCAAUACGAGGCACCAAGCCCUGAGCUCUGCCAGCAGGUACAAUCUAUCAGGAUCUCAAAGGCAAUGCUGAGGUGGGCAUGCUGGAUACUGAGUGAGGAGGACGAUUCCUGAGCCCAGCCCAUCUUUCAUUCCUUUGUUUCUUCAAUGGGUUUGUCAAAACACUGG